AUGAUUGUUCAUGUAGGGUCUUACAUUGUUGGUAUCACCCUGUCCCAAUUCAUUCUAACACUUCGUGUCUGGGCAGUCUGGAACAGGAGUAUUCCAGUUGCUGUAGGAUCUAUCAUAUUCUUCCUUGGCUGUUGGGUGCCUUGCUAUGUUGUGUUAGCAGAGUUCUUGAGACCUGGGAAACUUGCACUUUCUCCAUCUGCUCCUUCAAUUGGAUGCUUACUCACUAUUAGUAGCUCAUCCUCAUUGAUGGUGCCAUUGUGGGCAUUGUGGUUAGUAUAUGACACUGGUACAUUUGUGAUGAUUCUUAUACCUGGUUUUCAGACAUAUCGUGAAUGUAGCAGGUCAGACCUCCUCAAGACUAUAUAUCAAGAUGGUGUUGCCUACUAUGUGUUCAUGUUAUCAACUUCACUGGCAAAUAUGAUGUGUGAUCUCAUUCUUCCAGUAAGUGCCUGGCAGCCCCCCAGUGGUAGUAUACCUGUUGAUUAUGAAGAUAACAACUGA